CUCAGCUCAUCACUAACCACAGCAGCACAGAAGAAGAAAUGGCCCAGAUCAGAGCCCCUGUGAUUGUACUGCUGGUGCUACUGGCUUUGGGGCUCUUUGCUACGGAAACUUCUGCAGCUAAACGACCACGUCGUAGGAGAGGAUGCUGUGAGAGUUAUACUCUUCGUAAAACACCUUUCGCAGUUAUCGAAGGCUAUACCAUACAGACCAUAUCAGAAACCUGCCGUAUCUUUGCCAUCAUGUUCCACACUAAAAAGGGUAAUGAUGUGUGUGCAGACCCUGACCAGAACUGGGUGAUAGAGCACGUCAUCCGACUGGGGACCAAAGCGUCUCACAUCAAGACCUCACAGGCCUAAUCCAAUGAUGUCAUCACAACUCAGGAUAUAAAGGAAUAGUACACAGUCAAAAACUGAACUCAACACCUACUGUUAAUCUUUCCUCUCAGCACCAAGAACCAAAUCAAUAACAAGGGUGUCACAAGACCCAGCUACCUGUUUCUUCUUAGUUCUAUAUUUUCUGGGGUGAUUUUAU